GUGUACCUAUUUUUUGGUGUCACCCGCGGCUGUCGCAUCUUUCUAAUUUUUGGCUCUCGCCUUGGUAGGCCGUGUAAUUUCUACUUGAUUCCGAGUAAAUAUCUGUUGACAAUUUUGCUUUUUACUUCUUCUUGCUAGAAAUAGCAACAAUGGCUGCAACUGUGUUGAAAAUUGAAGCGGACGCUGCAGAAACUUGCUGCGUGUGUGGUGCGACCGGUGAGUUGUUCACACCCGAAGAAUUCGAUGCCGGCGCGCCGCCAAUGCAGCUCCCGCUGAGGGCAAUGCUGCUCCACCUCAACAAUAAUAAAGUGGUUCCUGAUGGGCGGUUGUGCGGCAACUGCGCGCAACGGGCUGCAGAAGCAUACGAGUUCAGCACGGCACUGUCGACGCGCAGCGCGCCUCCGCUCAGCGAGAAGAUCCGCGCAUUACGGAGGAGAUUGCACGAGUUGACACAGAAGAUUGACGUUUUCAUAGUCGUUGGAGGGCCUGGGGCCGGCAGCAAUAACGCUUACAGCGAAGAGGACAUUAUUAUGGUGGAGAAAGACGCUCUGGCCGCGGCCACGGCCGCCGACGACGAGGACUUGGAGCAUGCCAAAAAUGCAAAGGGAGAUACCGUGUAUCAGUGUUCAGUUUGCCCUAUGUCGUUCCAGCGCGCGGCGGAGUACCGCGCGCACCUGGCGUCGCACCCCUCGGACGCGCUGCACUCGUGCUGGACGUGCGGCGCGCAGUUCGCGCACCGGCAGGCGCUGCACGAGCACGCGCGCGACCACCAGCAGCUGCACCACCUCAGCUGCCACCUGUGCGACACCACCUUCGCCAGCCAGUCGGAGCUGCGGCGCCACGAGCCCGCCUGCGCCGCGCGCUGCCCCGCCUGCGCCGAGGAGUUCCUGUCGCGCCGCGAGCUGGGCGCGCACGCGGCGGCGGCGCACGGGCGCGGGGCCGCGCCGCCGCUGCUGUGCCCGCUGUGCUUCCGCGCCUUCCGCUCGGCCGACCUGCUGUCGGCGCACGCGCUGCGCCACCGCCAGGCCAAGCAGUUCGUGUGCGGCUACGGCGACUGCGUGCUGCGCUUCGCCACCAGGGGCAACCUGAUGGCGCACAUCCGCAAGGCGCACGCGGCCGAGCUGCCGGCCGAGCCCGCGCCCGCGCCCGCCGCCGCGGAGGUGCCGUGCCCGCGCUGCGACCGCACGUUCGCGUCCGGCGCGGCGAUGAAGCGCCACGCGCGCGUGCACCGCGGCCUCGACGCCGACCGCGAGCGGCCCUUCCGGAUCGAGGAGAUCGUCGAGGGCGCGGAGGGCGCGGAGGGCGACGACAUGGACGGGGAGGUGGAGUACCUCGAAGUGGAGACGCUCGAGGAAGCCGAGGAGUACGACACCAAGCCCGACCUCGCCGCGCUGCAGUAGCGACUGCCGCUCGCGGACAGUACCCUGACUGCGUUUCUAGCCCGAAGAAGCGCCGGAGCGCUGACGGUUGAACGGUUGGCAUGUUCCCCCCGGUGCGUGGAAGGUAGCUUGGGGGGUUAUUUCUUUAUAUUUUUUACAAGAACAAUUCCAAAGAAGGAUGACGAAAGCUGACCCAAAAUCGACGAAGAGUCGUUCGAGGACUUUGCUAGUAUCAUUUUAUGUUUUAGUUUAUGCCUAAUUAUUAAUAUAUUUUUAGAAGUCGAGAUUAAAGAAAUUGUAAAACAAUGUAUUUUAAAAUAGAUGCACAACGCAAUUGAUUCAGUUUGA